AACAAGGAAAUAGUGUCACAGCACAGGUAAACUUCCAAAAUGGCUCUCAAGAGGGCCAAACGCUUCAUCGCCAAUUUCGGAUUGGCGUUUACAAUAUGCGCCUUCCUCUGUCUUAUUGUUGCCUUUGCUACGCCGCACUGGCUAGAGAGGUUCCCUCAUAAAAGAAUGUCCAAGGUUUUCGUUCGAAUGGGUCUCUGGGAAGCCUGCUUCAACGAUUGGACAUAUUACAAGGAUUACCUUAGCAAGCAUUACAAUGGCUGUUGGUGGAUCUUUCAUUUUGAAUACAAGCCUGUUUGGGGAUGGCUGAAUCCUCCCUGGUUCCUGGCUAUUCAGAUCAUGAUAACACUGGGACUAAUACUUCAAUUUGUAACUGUCAUAAUGAACAUCAUGUACUAUGUCCGUUGUCUACCAAGAGAGAAAGAAAGGAAGCAUGUCUUGUCUACAUCAGUUAUGAUGUGGAUAGCUUUCUUCCUCAUUGCUACAUCUGUCACAAUAUUUGGUAUCAAGGCUGAUAUAGAUCGUCAGUGGUUGCCUAACCCAGAUUCCAAUUUCCUGUCUUGGUCUUUUGGUUUUGCUGCUCUAUCUGGUUUCUUCUCAAUCUUUGCUGCAAUGUGCCUGUCAACAGAUUAUGUGCGUAUCCGAGAAGAGGAAGAAAAGGCCACUCAGGGACCAGCUUAUGCUGUCAAAGCUACACCACGAUUUUAGAGUGAUUGGUUGUGAAGUUAUUAAUAUAAUAUAUAUGUAAAUAGCUAGUUUAGAAUACUUACUUUUUGUUUGAUUGAGUGCAUAAAUGUGACUUUAUUUGUCAAAUGAAUGCUUGGUCUUAAAGAAUGGCUGUUUUGUAGAGUGAUUUUGUUCAGUCCUUUUUUUGUGGUGUAAAAAAAAAUGAUCUUACUUAGCAUGUUGGUUACUUUUUGUUAUGAAUGUAGUCAUAACAUUAUAUUCAUGUAUAUAGUUAUUGUUACAUAUCCAGUUUUCCAUUGUGACACUUCUCAUGUAUAAAUAGCUUCUCAUAAUUAUUAUGUUAAAAAAAAAAAGAUGUAGUAAGGGUGGGGGUUAACACUAAUUCUAGUUUGAUACCAGGGUUUUAGUUGAAAGGGGGGGGGGGGGUGCACAGACCUGCCACAUAUCUUCAGUUUAAUGUUACCACUAGAUUUGUACAUACUUUUUUCAUUACCUUACUAAAAACUUUUUUCCCCCUAUAACAUAUAGUUACAAAUGUGUUCAAGGGUACAGUACACAUUUGAUUCAAAUGAAUGAAGUUAUGAAACAGUAACAAAUAAACAUUCCAAUAUUUUGCAAGCUCCUGUAGAUAUAUAUCAGAUCUAAAAAAAUGUUUUUGUUUUUUUUUAGUGCUUUUUUUAUAUUUUAUUUGACACAUUAUAGAUGAUCUAAUGUAUUUUAUUAAAUUAAUGAAAAUAAAACGCUUUAUAAUAAUAAAGAUUUUUCAACUUUGUUCCAACAUACAAAUGGCAUUAACAAAAAGGAAAACGUUAAUAUAAAAUACAACCUUUUUUUUUUUCAUGUCUGAAAAUACGGCCUUGUAUGGACAUGGUGAUUGUUCAACUUGUGUAUUGAAGCUCAAUUCCACUAUAAAAUAUAUUCCAGAUCAUUACAGCUUUUAUUGUGAUUUUAUUGAUGUAAGGCAAAAAUAGUGUUAUGACCUUGCCAUGCACACCGCCAUCAAAGAUAGUGCAGAAGGUGUGCACUUUUAGAGACUAGACUGAGAAGGAUAUUGACAUUAGAAAGAAGAGAAGGAGUUCAGCCCAAGUCUAGAGCUCAUGAAGAUGCUGUGCUCAAGGCAGAUGUUGUUUCAUGUGUGAUGUCCAUAAAUAAACAUUGUUGUCUUGUUGA